AUGUUAUUUCGAAGUAUCUUUGUUGGGCUCAUCAUCAUUUCAACGGUUUUAUGUGAACAAGAAUCAAUACGACGAUGUGCUCGUGCGAUUGGUUCUUGUCUUCUUGCUCCAGAAGCUGUCGAAGGACCGUACUAUUGGAAUUCAACAGUUCGUAGUGACAUUACAGAAGGCAAAGGAGGUGUUCGAUUCCGUUUAACUGUUACUGUAUUGGACACGACUACUUGUUCACCAUUAAGCGGUGCUCUUGUCGAUUUAUGGCAUUGUGAUGCUGAAGGAAUUUAUUCACAUUAUAUUGCUGCUAGUCUUGGACAAAAUACUAGACAAACAGAUAAUUCGACUUUUUUUCGAGGACAACAAGUAAGUAACAAACAAGGUAUUGCAGUAUUUGAUACUAUUUAUCCAGGUUGGUAUCGUGGUCGAGCUACUCAUAUCCAUGUCAAAGUACAUGUUGGUGCUAGUUUAACAAAUAUAGGUGGAUCAAUUUAUGCAAAAGGUGGUCAUGUUUCACAUAUUGGUCAACUCUUUUUUAAUGAUACUCUUACUGAUGAAGUCGCUAAGCUUUCACCUUACACAUUACAAAAAACUCGACGUAUACGAAAUAAUGAAGAUGGAAUUUAUUCUCAAUCAAAAGGAUCUACAACAAUAGUACCUGUUCAAUUUCUGACAGCAAAUGGUUUCAAAGGAGCAGUCAAAGGUGAUAUAACACUCGGUAUCAAUCCUCAAGCUGUAUCAACAUUAGCUGGCAGACCAGGUGGAGGACGACCAAGACCACCUCCAGGCCGUUAA